UCCUUGCUUUUUUGGCUCAAAACCAACGUUUUCAUUUUUUUCAGGUACUAUUUUGAAGCGUUGGAAGAAUUGGCUUGACCUGUGGUCAGAUGGUCACCUGAUCUAUUACGAUGAUCAGACUCGGCAGAGUGUUGAGGAUAAGGUCCAUAUGCCAGUGGACUGCAUCAAUAUCCGUACCGGGCAUGAGUGUCGGGAUAUUCAGCCUCCAGAUGGGAAGCCAAAAGACUGUAUGCUACAGAUUGUUUGCCGAGAUGGGAAAACUGUCAGUCUUUCUGCAGAAAGCACAGAUGAUUGUUUGUAAGUUUUGGGUUUUUAUGUGUUUAAUUUAAAAAGUGUUGUGUUUUAAUUU